UGGGAGGUUGUAUAUAUAUAUGCAGGUAUAUGUUUAUUGUAAUCUCUAUCUACUAGAUUUUCAGGAGAGCAAGGCUCCAGCAGUGACAAAGCAACGUGCAGUAAGCCAGUCAUGCAGAUCUUUGUGAAAACCCUCACAGGCAAGACCAUCACCCUUGAGGUUGAACCCAGUGACAGUAUUGAAAAUGUGAAAUGCAAAAUCCAAGAUAAGGAAGGCAUCCCACCAGACCAGCAGAGAUUGAUCUUUGCUGGGAAGCAAUUGGAAGAUGGUCGCACCCUUUCUGACUACAACAUCCAAAAAGAAUCCACCCUUCACCUUGUGCUCCGUCUGAGAGGUGGUAUGCAGAUCUUUGUGAAAACCCUCACAGGCAAGACCAUCACCCUUGAGGUUGAGUGCAGUGACAGUAUUGAAAAUGUGAAAUGUAAAAUCCAAGACAAAGAAGGUAUCCCACCAGACCAGCAGAGAUUGAUCUUUGCCGGCAAACAGUUGGAAGAUGGCCGCACCCUUGCUGACUACAACAUCCAAAAAGAAUCCACCCUUCACCUUGUGCUCCGUCUGAGAGGUGGUAUGCAGAUCUUUGUGAAAACCCUCACAGGCAAGACCAUCACCCUUGAGGUUGAGUGCAGUGACAGUAUUGAAAAUGUGAAAUGUAAAAUCCAAGACAAAGAAGGUAUCCCACCAGACCAGCAGAGAUUGAUCUUUGCCGGCAAACAGUUGGAAGAUGGCCGCACACUUGCUGACUACAACAUCCAAAAAGAAUCCACCCUUCACCUUGUGCUCCGUCUGAGAGGUGGUAUGCAGAUCUUUGUGAAAACCCUCACAGGCAAGACCAUCACCCUUGAGGUUGAGUGCAGUGACAGCAUUGAAAAUGUGAAAUGUAAAAUCCAAGACAAAGAAGGUAUCCCACCAGACCAGCAGAGAUUGAUCUUUGCCGGCAAACAGUUGGAAGAUGGCCGCACACUUGCUGACUACAACAUCCAAAAAGAAUCCACCCUUCACCUUGUGCUCCGUCUGAGAGGUGGUAUGCAGAUCUUUGUGAAAACCCUCACAGGCAAGACCAUCACUCUUGAGGUUGAGUGCAGUGACAGUAUUGAAAAUGUGAAAUGUAAAAUCCAAGACAAAGAAGGUAUCCCACCAGACCAGCAGAGAUUGAUCUUUGCCGGCAAACAGUUGGAAGAUGGCCGCACACUUGCUGACUACAACAUCCAAAAAGAAUCCACCCUUCACCUUGUGCUCCGUCUGAGAGGUGGUAUGCAGAUCUUUGUGAAAACCCUCACAGGCAAGACCAUCACCCUUGAGGUUGAGUGCAGUGACAGUAUUGAAAAUGUGAAAUGUAAAAUCCAAGACAAAGAAGGUAUCCCACCAGACCAGCAGAGAUUGAUCUUUGCCGGCAAGCAGUUGGAAGAUGGCCGCACCCUUGCUGACUACAACAUCCAAAAAGAAUCCACUCUUCACCUUGUGCUCCGUCUGAGAGGUGGUAUGCAAAUCUUUGUGAAAACCCUCACAGGCAAGACCAUCACCCUUGAGGUUGAGUGCAGUGACAGUAUUGAAAAUGUGAAAUGUAAAAUCCAAGACAAAGAAGGUAUCCCACCAGACCAGCAGAGAUUGAUCUUUGCCGGCAAGCAGUUGGAAGAUGGCCGCACCCUUGCUGACUACAACAUCCAAAAAGAAUCCACUCUUCACCUUGUGCUCCGUCUGAGAGGUGGUAUGCAGAUCUUUGUGAAAACCCUCACAGGCAAGACCAUCACCCUUGAGGUUGAGUGCAGUGACAGUAUUGAAAAUGUGAAAUGUAAAAUCCAAGACAAAGAAGGUAUCCCACCAGACCAGCAGAGAUUGAUCUUUGCCGGCAAGCAGUUGGAAGAUGGCCGCACCCUUGCUGACUACAACAUCCAAAAAGAAUCCACUCUUCACCUUGUGCUCCGUCUGAGAGGUGGUAUGCAAAUCUUUGUGAAAACCCUCACAGGCAAGACCAUCACCCUUGAGGUUGAGUGCAGUGACAGUAUUGAAAAUGUGAAAUGUAAAAUCCAAGACAAAGAAGGUAUCCCACCAGACCAGCAGAGAUUGAUCUUUGCUGGGAAGCAAUUGGAAGAUGGCCGCACCCUUGCUGACUACAAUAUCCAAAAAGAAUCCACCCUUCACCUUGUGCUCCGUCUAAGAGGUGGCACACACAAUUUAUUAAGUUAGACAGUUUUGUUUUAAAUGUUCUAAAUACUUUUUUGUGAUGUGAAUAAUUAGGUGGGUUUUCUGAGUAAGUUGAUGGAUGAAAAUAUUCUUAAUUUUCAAUAAAAUUUCCCUUAAAUGAA